UUCGUUAAUUGACCAGUAACCAACCACCAUUGCAGUUAGCUUCCUCUGUUCCUCACUCUGCCUCUCUAAGCCUCCAAUGGCCUCCAAAUUUCCCGCCUUUUCUCCAACGGUCACAAUAAUCUUCUUCUCCCUCUGCUGUGCCCUCUUGCUCAACUUAGCUCACUCCUCCGCCAUGGGAAUUGGCUACAUUUCGCGCCUUCUAGAAAUUCAGGACCGCGAGAGGGCCCCAUCAUAUGUCCAAGUCGCCGCCGCUAGUGGAGUCCUUCGCCGCCUCCUUCCUUCUCACUCUUCCAGCUUCGACUUCCAAAUCGUCUCCAAGGAGCAAUGUGGGGGUGCAUCUUGCUUUAUGAUCAAGAACCGUCCUUCUUUCCGUAGACGAGGAGAUCCUCAAAUUCUAAUUUCUGGGGUCACUGGAGUGGAGAUUUUGGCUGGUCUGCACUGGUACUUGAAGCAUUGGUGUGGAUCACAUAUAUCAUGGGAUAAAACUGGUGGCGCGCAACUAUUUUCAGUGCCGAAAGCAGGGUUACUCUCCCGGGUACAAGAUGCUGGCAUUUUGGUCCAGAGACCUGUUCCUUGGAACUACUAUCAGAAUGCCGUUACUUCUAGCUAUUCUUUUGCUUGGUGGGACUGGGAAAGAUGGGAAAAGGAGAUUGAUUGGAUGGCCCUCCAGGGGAUCAAUUUGCCUCUAGCAUUUACAGGGCAAGAGGCUAUUUGGCAGAAAGUUUACCUGCAGAAAUUUAACAUAAGUAAAUCAGAUUUGGAUGAUUUUUUUGGGGGCCCCGCUUUCCUUGCAUGGUCUCGUAUGGGAAAUUUGCAUGGGUGGGGUGGACCUCUACCACAAAGUUGGUUAGAUCAACAACUGAUUCUGCAGAAGAAAAUUCUUGUCAGAAUGUAUGAACUUGGAAUGACUCCAGUCCUUCCAGCCUUUUCUGGAAAUGUUCCGGCAGCACUAAAAACUAUAUAUCCAUCAGCAAAGAUAACACGCUUAGGAAAUUGGUUUUCAGUUAAGAGUGACCCCAGAUGGACCUGCACUUACCUGCUUGAUGCAACUGAUCCCUUAUUUGUUGAGAUUGGGAGAACAUUCAUCGAGGAACAACUAAAAGAAUAUGGAAGGACCAGUCACAUAUACAACUGUGAUACUUUUGAUGAGAAUACUCCACCUGAUGAUGAUCCAGAGUACAUCUCUUCAUUAGGUGUAGCAAUCUUUAGGGGAAUGCAAAGUGGAGAUAAUGAUGGUGUGUGGCUAAUGCAGGGGUGGUUAUUUUCAUACGAUCCGUUCUGGAGGCCUCCACAAAUGAAGGCACUUUUACAGUCUGUUCCUGCGGGGAGGCUGGUAGUCCUCGAUCUGUUUGCUGAAGUGAAACCCAUAUGGAUUACUACAGAGCAGUUUUAUGGUGUUCCUUACAUAUGGUGUAUGCUGCACAAUUUUGCAGGAAACGUUGAAAUGUACGGAGUUUUGGAUGCGAUAGCGUCUGGACCAAUUGAUGCUCGUACAAGUGAAAACUCAACAAUGGUUGGUGUCGGAAUGUCAAUGGAAGGUAUAGAACAAAACCCGAUUGUUUAUGAUCUCAUGUCUGAGAUGGCGUUUCAACACAACAAAGUUGAUGCUAAGGCCUGGAUUGAUCAAUAUUCUGGAAGACGUUAUGGCCGUUCAGUUCCUUCAAUACAAGAUGCCUGGAAUAUAUUAUAUCACACCCUCUAUAACUGCACCGACGGUGCCUAUGACAAAAAUAGGGAUGUAAUUGUGGCAUUUCCCGACGUUGAUCCAUCCUUUAUAUCAAUACCGCCUGAAGCGUUUCAACCAAAUGAGAACCCAGUAGCAGGGAGAGCAGUUCUAAAGGAAAUAACUGAUUCAUUUGACCAACCUCAUUUAUGGUAUUCAACAUCUGAAGUGAUACAUGCAUUAGAUAUUUUUAUUGCAAGUGGAGAUGAACUCUCAGAAAGUAAUGCUUACAGGUAUGACCUUGUGGACCUGACUAGACAAGCUUUAGCUAAGUAUGCAAACCAGCUAUUUCUAAAGGUCAUAGAAGCUUAUCAGUUUAAUGAUGCCAUCGGACUGGCUCGCCACAGCCAGAAGUUUUUGGGUCUAGUUGAAGACAUGGACACACUCUUAGCCUGCCAUGAUGGAUUUCUCCUAGGACCUUGGUUAGAAAGUGCAAAGAAACUCGCCCAAGAUGAAGAACAGGAAAAGCAGUUUGAAUGGAAUGCUAGAACUCAGAUAACUAUGUGGUUUGACAACACAAAGGAGGAAGCAAGUCUGCUUCGCGACUAUGGAAAUAAGUAUUGGAGUGGGCUUCUGCGAGAUUAUUAUGGCCCUCGAGCAGCUAUAUAUUUUAAGUAUUUAACACAAAGCUUGGAGUGGGGCAGUGAGUUUCGGUUGAAGGACUGGAGGAGAGAGUGGAUAAAGCUAACAAAUGAUUGGCAAAACAGCAGGAAGGAAUUUCCUGUGAAAAGUAGUGGAAAUGCUCUCAACACGUCCAGAUGGCUUUUUGAUAAGUAUUUAGGAUCAAGUGCUGAAAACAUACAAUCCCUGCAUGGAGCUGCUACUGAGAUUGUAAUAUAAUAUAUUAGGAU